UGGAACAAACAGGAAAAGGAGUGGUCAUGUGACGUAGGGAUUGUUUUUCAAAAUAGCUUAGCUAGCUGCAWAGCUAGCUGAAGUAUCUUAUAUACUACGUUAUUAUCAUUCAAUUUUAUAACGCAGCAUAAUUUAAAUAAAUGUGAAUAUUAAACUUCUAGCAUAGUCAUGAAUGGGAGUACAAAUCCGCUCUUGGACAAAGAAGAACAUGUUUUGAAGCUCGGAGAGAGCUUUGAGAAGAGGCCAAAAUCAUCAUUUCACACCAUCAGAUAUGAUUUCAAACCAGCUUCAAUUGACACAAGCUGCGAGGGAGAGUUGCAAGUCGGUAAAGGAGAGGAAGUCACCAUCACAUUACCUCACAUUCCAGUAAGAGGCUCUACACCACCCAUGACAGUAUUCAAAGGGAAUAAGCGGCCAUAUCAGAAAGACUGUGUUCUUAUCAUCAAUCAUGACACUGGGGAGUACAUGCUGGAGAAGUUGAGCAGCAGUAUCCAGGUCAAGAAAACCAGAGCGGAGGGCAGCAGUAAGAUCCAGGCCAGGAUUGAGCAACAGUCGGUGCGUGCCACUGCCACCCAGCCUCAAGCACAGUUCCGUGCCCCCACUAAGCCUGGUGCAGGGGCCAAGACCUCCCCCUCCCCUUCCAAGGACAACCCCUCCCCUGAGCCCCAGCUAGAUGACAUCAAGAGAGAGCUGCGAGCGGAGGUGGAUGUUAUUGAACAAAUGAGCAGCAGUAGCGGCAGCAGCUCAUCUGACUCUGCCAGUGGCUCUGGUAGUGGRGACGACAGCUCCAGCAGUGAUAGGGAGCAUGACGCCCCUCAACCUGUCCAACUCCCUCUCCCCCACAUCCAGCCCUCCCCCAACCCCAUGGUCAAUGGAGGAGCAGACAGGCAACAGGGCAGCAACCAGCUGAUGAACACGCUCAGGAAUGACCUCCAGUUGAGCGAGUCAGGCAGCGACAGUGAUGAUGACUGAACUGCCCCCAGUCUCUCUCCUGCCCUCUCUUUCUACCUCUCAUUAUUAUAYCAUCUUGCUCUCCUCUUUCUUCUCUUUGCCUGGUUCCGUUGUUUCGUUGCUGUGGUAACCGACCCAACUGUAAAGUCUGGUUUUAUUGUAUUUUUUAAUGUCUCUGUGAAGCCGGCCAACCUGGAGAUUUAAUAGUGUAUUUUUGAUUAGCUGUAUAUUUUGUUUUGUUKAAAAAAAAUCCUUUUACAUAUGAAAACAUGCUAAAGAAUAUAUAUUAGAAUGCAUGUACAUAUUUUCUGUAGUUAGAGCUCCUAGUUGUAUCAACUUGUAUCACAAGUCUUUGUUGUUUUCUUGUUUCAUCACAAGGGGAGGGGCUUAUUUGGACYAUAUCACCCCCAUCUUCCCUAUUUAUCUGGAAAUCAAAAGAAAGCACUGAAAGCAUUUCACCCAUUCCAUGUUUUUAUCAGUAUCAUGACACUUUCAAAAUCAGUCUUUCAAGAGGCCAGGAUACAGCUCACAUCGAACUAAGCUACAGAUGAUACAAAAGGACAUACUCAUAUUUUUUAUGUAAAAUCAGUUUCUAAAGUUUCGGUUUCUGUUCUGGUGAACAGGUAAAUAUCAGUAACAUGUAAAUGAGCCUGGGUCAAUCCUUUACAUGUCAAAGCACUUUAGUUUAAUUGUAAUAUCAACACUUUCAGCAGUUUCCACCGAAAAUAUUUUGCAUUGCUUUUAACAGCACCUUUCUGACCUAACCUUUAAAUGCAACUAACACCCAGUACUUAGAGUUCACCAUACCCUUUAUAGCUAAUAUUCUACUAUUUCCACAUCAAUCAUUUGACUUUCUGAUUCUGCCUCACUCAAUAGCUAGGUUUCCAUCCAAUUGGUGACAGAUUUUCAUGCUAAUAUUCUAAAAUCCGCAUUAAAACAAUAUGUGCACAUUCCCACCAAAGAUGUUUCCAUCACAUUGACUUGUUGCGUAUAACAGUCUGUGCGUAAUGACGUGGUGCACGUAAAAACAACUUUUGCGAUUUAAUUACCAUUAAAUACAAGUUAAAUGGG